UCAUCGGUGAUUCCAAGGUCGAGGUCUAUCGUUCGUGCGGUCGUUGCAUCUGAAACGAUCGACCAACGACUACCGAAGACUGCCUAUCGAAUCGGAGCUGCGCUACCAGAGGCAGAAGAACAAGAAGGAGAGAGAACGAGAGAGAGCGAGACAGACAGAGACAGAGACAAAGACAGAAAAUGGCCCCCACUCGUCGCGAGGAAGAAAUAGAGGGGCGCUCGUAUAAAGAGUAUGCUUACAGCCCUGUACCAGCGAGUUCCUCCUCGGCUGUGUACGAAACCACCACCACUACCCUCGUUAAAGAACCCUACGUUGAAUCUACUACUAACGGAGAAGACUAUAGAAAAUCUACAUUUGGAAUCGUUACGAGCAAGUGCAGUGUUCCCGAGAUGGUUGAAAAAGGAUCUACGCUCUUGCAGUAUGUUGCAGCAGCUGCAGCCAAUCUCAGCGUUAUGGCGACAGGUGCGAUGUUGGGAUGGACCAGUCCGAUGUUAGACAGACUCAUAAAGAAAACCGAUGACAGUCCUCUGGACCGUCCCAUUACCAUGGACGAGUCAUCGUGGAUCGGAUCGUUGGUAGCUCUUGGUGCCGCGGGCGGAAGUUUCUUGGCCGGAUAUGCCGCUGAAAGAUUCGGAAGGAAAUACAGUCUAUUAUUUUGCGUUGUACCUUAUUCGAUCGGCUGGGCGUUGAUAGGUACGGCGAGCAGCGUGAUUCAAUUUUACAUCGCUCGAAUCGUAUUUGGAAUUGCCUUGUCUUUCGCCUUCACGGUCGUGCCUAUGUACGUGGGAGAGAUCGCAGAGACGUCCGUCAGAGGAGCGUUGGGAUCCUUCCUUCAGUUAUUCAUCACGUUUGGAUUGCUCUAUUCUUACGUCAUCGGUCCGUACGUUUCUUACACGGUCUUUUGGAUCCUGUGUGCCUGCCUACCAGUCAUCUUCUUCGUUUUAUUUCUACUGAUGCCAGAAUCACCUUACUAUCUGAUCACCAAGGGUAACAGGGAAGCUGCCAUUGCUGCGCUAGCCAAAUUACGUAGCAAGAGCGAAACGGCCGUACAAAAGGAGGCAGACGAGAUACAGGAUAUCCUCGAAGAAUCGAUGAAGACGGAGACCAAGAUCUCGGAUCUGUUCAACGUCAAGGCGAAUUUUAAGGCUCUCUUGUACACCUGUCUCUUGGCAUCUUUUCAACAGUUGACCGGUAUCAACGUUGUUCUAUUUUACAUGCAAUCUAUCUUCGCUGCCACUGGUAGCACAAUGGAUUCGAACGUGUCUACGAUCAUAGUCGGUAGCGUUCAAGUAGCCGCAUCCUUUGUCACGCCAUUGAUCGUCGACAGGCUGGGCAGACGAUUGCUUCUCAUAACUUCUGGUAUCGGAGAGAUCGUUACCUUGACUGCUCUGGGUCUUUUCUUUUACCUGAAAGACGUGCAGAAGGACGAAGAAGUCGUACUAUCGAUCUCGUGGCUUCCGGUGGUCUCGCUCGUUAUCUUUAUCGCCACCUAUUGCAUCGGUUGGGGACCUCUUCCAUGGGCAGUGAUGGGCGAGAUGUUCGCCCCUGCAGUAAAGUCGAAAGCUUCCGGUAUCACGGUCUGCAUGUGCUGGUUCUUAGCCUUCUUCAUUACGAAAUUCUCCAGCAACAUCACCAGCACCUUCGGCAAUCACACGACCUAUUGGAUGUUCGCCGUCUUCUGCGUUUUGAGCGUUCUAUUCACAUUGUUCAUACUACCUGAAACCAAGGGCAAGAGUUUAGAACAGAUUCAGAACGAGUUGAGCGGCGUGAAACCGACGAUGUCCGAAUUCACCAAUUCGGACUUACCUACCAAACAAUGAGGAUAUCCUUCAGGGUCGGAGAUGGUUCAUAUUUUAAACGACGGUCAGUAUCCUUGCACAAGUUAUUACGGGUCAAUCGUAAGCCAAGAACACGCGUAGAAUUCUGAUCGUCCUUCUUCGGCCCUGGCCACAAAACUCGAUGACUUUUGAUCCUCGUAUAAGUGGCGCUUCGGGAAACACGACGAGCCAACAAAUUAUUUCUUGUUUUUUUUUUUUCGAUCAGUAUUGGACAGGAAGGACGUUUGACGAAACCCUUUUGUCCUCGACGUCGUAUCGUUUGAGAUCUUCCCGAACAUUCCCAAGGGAAACGUGUAUCUCUAAGAUCCUAAGAUCGUAAUGAUUGUGUUCCGUGUCGAGUCGUCCGUGAUGAAACAGAUAUAUAAACUCUUCCUUUCUCUUCUUCAUUUUAUGAUAAUUCGUAAGAAUGUUAUAAAUACAAAAUACUUAAUUUUUUAACGAUAUUUUAUCGAAGAACUUUUGGAAAGCGUCGACGAUAACGGCGACUAAGAGAGAGAGUGCGUGUGUGUUCCCUUCGCGAGUAUGAGGACUCGUCCGUCACGUUUGUUUCCUUCUUUCUUCGUUUUUUCUCUUUCAUUUUAUUAUUACUAGAUUGAAUGGUGUAUUAAUUUAAAUAAUAGAAUAGUUUUUUAUUCGGAUUCCAAGCUACGACGUAAGUUCCUUUAGCGUGGAUCGAGCCUGAUGCAAGUCGAACUGGAGAACCGGACUGAAGCUCGAUCGACUACCGAUACUAUUGUUAUUACCACUACUCGCUCGUUCCGUCGAUAUAUAUAUAUAUAUAUAUAUAUAGUUUCUGGAUUUUUAUUACUAUUAAUUUUCUUCUUUUAAUUCUUGCGAACGAGAAACGAAACAUCUUCGACUUUUGUUAUUUCCACGACCUACAUCCUGAAAACACUCUAUGUUUAUUCAUUCGGCCAAUUUCAAACAUACACAAAGUUUUGUUUGUAUACAUAUAUCGACCCUUAAUGAAAAUUCCAUUCAACUUUUUCUGUUAAAACCUUGAAAUAACACGCUGAAAGAUCUCGUUCGCGAUCGCGAGACUAGUCAUAUCACAAUUUUUCGAUAAACACGUGGAUGACCUUUUGCGUACAUCACCGCAUAACCAUUCAACAAAAUUUGUCACAUCUGUGAAAUAAUAUCGAGCUUUCUGUCACUUGGUCGACCUUUUAUUUAGACGUUGAUUAUCGUUUACGCAUACGUAUUAUUUUAUCAUAUAACUCGACUAUUAUUAUUAAGACUUUUAUUUAGAAAUACCAAUGAGAGAAAACUGUAAUAACCGAACGAUUAAAUAUUAAAACAAAUGCAACAAGAGAGGGAAGAGAGAACGAAAAGCGCUAGUGUCUUUUACAGUAAUCUGUGGCCUUAAUCGGUGGUCCGUUAACUGCGCAAUAGUCAAUUUAUUCUCAUCGAGUUGUCGUCCAUUCGUAGGUGUUAACGCGAUCGAGUAUAAUUCAAAAAAAAAAAAAAAAAAAAAAAAAAAGACAGAAAAAAAAGAGAGAAAAAAAAAACAGAAAAAAGAAAAAACAUUUUUCCUGGAUCCUGACGUUUAAUUGCACUCUUCGAUAGAAUCCAUCGAUUGUUCGCCAUCGAUAAGUAACGUACUACAAAUAAUAAAUAUAUGUAUGUACUCGAUCGUUCUCAAAUGUCAUUGAUAAAAGUUGUAGAACGCAGUUUUAUCGAUGUUGUUGCUCUUGGUGUUUAUGUAAAAGAAUGCAUCUACGAAUGUACGUACGUACGCGAGGAAGAAUCGAUAUAAACGUUUAGCGGUAUGUCGUUGAGCGAUGCAUUCGUUCAAGGGCAGAAAACAUUCCCAUAUUUCGCGUUACACUUCUUCGUGGAUAAGAAAAAUUCGUGCGCAGCAGAAAGAUACAUACGUUUUUACUAUUCCUCGUUUUUCCAUUUUUUUUUCCCUUCUUCUUUUUUUUUUUUUUUCUUGGGGUAGAACGGUUUCUUUUCCUUCCUUGUUUUUUUUUUAUUUUUUAUUUUUUCUUUUUCUUUUUCUUUUGUUAUUCUCGUUUCCGCAUCGCCUUUCCGUGUUUUUUUUUUCUCCUUUAACGUUUCGACAAGAGAGUCGCUCCAGAGAUAAAAAUCACCGAACAGAAGAGGCGAAGGAAAUUAAACCGAUUCUUCGAUAUACACACGAUAUAAAUAUGAACAUUGGCAUAAUUCCUCUUCUUACGAGUAGAACGCUGUGCUCGUGGGAACGCUCGAGCGAUUACCAAAGAUUUAUCUUACGUUUCAAUCCGUACUCCUAACUCGCAUCUUUCAAUUUCCGUGUGUUUCUCUCCUCGUAUUACUCACGGUACUUCCUGCUAACUUGUCCGUGUCAAUUAUUUAUACUUAUACAUGUGUAUAUAUGAGAAUAAGCAACGCGAUGUAAUCAAAACUUGUACGUUGUGAUUAAAGAAAAUCUUUCAUAUAUAUUUCUCGGAGAAUGAUCAAAGGAAAAGAGAAAUAAGAAAAGAAGAAAAGGAAGAAAAAAAGACAAAAAAAAAAAGAAAAGACGGGAAAAAGAAGCAAGGAUAAUAUUAAAAAAAAAAAAAAAAAAGAAAGAAAAACGCGGCGAAGACGAAAAGCGCUGGUCCCCCGGUUUGCUUGUUCUUCUUUCCGAUUGUCAACGAAUGUUUUAGCACGUUUGAAACGCGAGUGAAACGUCUUCGUGUUUCGUAAUGUAUGUUUAAACGAGUACGAAAGAAAAAAAGAAAUAAGAAUUUUAUAUAGCAUCGAACAAUCAUUGAAUACGAGCGACGAGGAAGAUAAACGUAAUUAAAUUUUAGAACGACGAUCGCACGUUUUGUUAUUUAUACAUAUAUUUGGAUUAAUCUAUAAGAAAUAAAUGUAAAGCGAAGAGAAACUAUUAUAACGUAAUAAGAGAGCGUGGAACUAGAACGGGUAACGCUAUGUUUCAUCUCGUCACUGUAAAUAUUAUUUGAUAUAUAUACACAUAUUCCUAAGUGCACCUUUGUACAUACAUAUCGGAAUUGAAUAAAUUAUAAUUAAACGCAA